AUGUCAGAACAAAAUAAUAAUAAUAAUGAGCAAUCUCAAAAUGAACUCAACAGAAAUAAUGAAACUAAUGAAAAUAAAUAUCUUUCCCAGUUGUAUUCUUUUUUAAAUCCAAAUUAUAUUAAAUCAUCAUUUGAAAAUAAAGUCGAAAAUGUUCCAAACAAAACCAAAAAUAAUAUAUCGACUAAGAAAGCCUAUAAUUACCUUAUUCGAAAGUUUAAGAAGGUUAUUAUAGAAUGCGACUUAUAUUAUGAAGAAGUUCAAAUUAAAAAUGAAAAUGUGAAAUUGAUUAUACAUUUUUUUGGGAAAAAUUCUAUUACGUUAAAAAAAUUAUAUAAAAAAAGGAAAAUAAUUGAUAACUAUUUUUUUAUCCUAAUUUUAUUUAAUAUAUUAUCCAAUUUUCCAUAUCCAAUUUUGCCAAUCCAAAAGUUUAUAGAUAUUUGUGACAACUACAUAUCAUAUGGAGUAAGCAUUUUGAUAAAAUUGAAUUCGUCAUUAUAUAAUAAAAAGAAAAAAGUCCAUAAAAUUUACUUUGAACCGGUGUUUUAUUUAUUCACGGCAUUGUGGAAUAAUCACUAUUUUCAUAUUUCCCUUUCCAAUACACUGAUUAUUUUGACUUUUUUCUACAAAAUUUAUAUCAUACUGAGUAAACUCGAAAUUCGGAACGUGAAUUUAUUUGACAACAUAUAUAUUUUGUGCUCCUCAUAUGUGAACAAAGUAAAUUCAAUGUUAUGGUUUAGCAUAUUCCUUAUAAUAAAACGAAUGCUAAUAGAUGAAUGUGAAAUAAAAAUUAUCAAAAAAAAACAAAUAUAUUUAAUAUUACCAAUAUUUGUAGAUAUAAUAAAAAUAUUAGAGGUAUAUGAUGAAAUAAUAAAGAAAACAAACAUAAACCCACUAAUAAAAGUUUAUGAAAAAUUAAAAUUAUUUUUAUUUGAAUUUUUUCAUAAGUUAUUAUACAACUUAAUAACAAAACAUGAUACACUUCCUCGAAAUAUUUUCAAAUAUUUACAAAUAAAUAAUAAUAUUAUAUAUAAUAAAAAAAAAAAAAACAGCCAUUUUAAUUCUCAAAGUUUUAUUAAUCUAGAACGCAGUAAUGCAAUAAGUAGCAAUCAAAUUCAAAAAAAAAAUUGUAAACAUUAUGAAAGUGAAAAUAGAAAAGAUUCUAUUGACAUAUAUAGCAGUUUUUAUAAAUAUGCAAAUUCAAUAAAUGAAAAAUUUGUAUUUUACUCUUUUUUUGAAAAUUUUAUACUUUUUAAUUCUCUUAAUAAUGAUUACAAUUCUACUGAAUCGAUAUCUUAUUUAUCAUUUUCUUUUAAUUCUUUAAAUUCGUUAAUUAAUAGUGAAAAUGAAGAACCCAUAAAAACUAAAAAAAAAAAAAUAACUAGCGAUUAUGAAAUUAUAUCACACACCGAAGAAAGCGAUAUUUAUGAAAGCGAUUUUGAUAAGCCAUUUCAAUUAAUAAAAAUGCAGAAAAAUAAAAUCGAAAUUUUAAAUAUGAAAUAUGAUCAUUUUUUUAUACAUAAAUAUAAAAGUGAAAAUAAAUGUAUUUUACUUAUCAAAAGCUAUUUUAAUGAUUAUUUAUGUGCUCUUGUAAAUAGUUUAUAUAUAUAUUCUAAAACAAUAUAUUUUAAUAAAGAUAUAAAUGAAAAUAGCACCUCAAUAAAUAAGACAAACACAACAUCCGAAAGUGAUCAUUCAGAUUUAGAAAACAUAAAAAGAGAGGAAACAAAUACAAAUAAUGAAACAAGUAAAUAUAAUGAAACAAGAAAGCGUGAUGAAACAAACAAAUGUGAUGAAGCAAACAAAUGUGGUGAAGCAAACAAAUGUGAUGAGUGUUCUAAUAAAAGCACAGAACAUGAGCAUGAUAUUUUGAAAAAGUUCAACAUGGUUUAUACACAAAAAAUAGAAAGGGACGAUGGAACUAUUCAUAAGAAAUUUGUCAAUUUAAAAAAAAAAUACAACAAGAAUAGAAACAUUACCAAUAUAAGUAGUGAAACACAAGAAUGUUUGAUGAAUAGCAACCCAAAUGUCAUAAAAUGUUUAAUAUGCUUUCUAAAAUUAAUAUAUAAAAAUGUAUUUAAAAAAAUUAUAAUAAAAAUAAAAAAUUGUAAAAAUAUUAGUGAACUCAAAUUAUACUCAUAUAUAGAAAAAAUGUGUGAAUAUAAUACAUAUUAUUGUAUUAAAAGACGAUUAAAAAAUAUAUGUUUUAUAUUAUUUUUUUCUAUAACAUUAAAAAAUUUAAUAAAAAAUUAUUUAUAUAAAAUUAAAAGUGAAAAAAUAAAUAAAAAAAAUUUAGAAAAUUUCCAGUCUACUUUAAUUUAUGAUACAUGUAGUUUUAUUAAAAUAUAUAAUCAUCUAAAUAAAUUUAAAUUUAAAGAUUUUUAUCAAAAUAAAUAUAUUAAUUUUUUAAUUUUUACAAAAAAUGUGUUAACAUUACCUAAAAAUCAGUUAAUCAAUUACCCCAUAAAAAAUAAGCAUUUUUUUUAUUAUAUAAAAAAUAAAAGAAUAGAUAUCAAUUUCACUGAUUUUAUUUCAGAUUGUAAAAAUAAAAAUCAUUCACACUCAUCCAAAUCUUAUGAUCAUCAAAAUCAAAAUUUUAUAUUUCCUAAAACAGUUACUCGAAAUAUCUCUAUCCUUUCAAAAAAUGAUCACUCUAUUCAAGGAAAUACUAAUAACCAAAAUGUAAUCCAAAAAACAUUAAAUAAUAUAAUUCAAUCUUUUUAUUUAUAUAACACUCAAUCAAAUAAUUUAUUAUCCGAAAAAAAAAAUAAUAUUCAUCUUUACAAUAAUAAACAAAAUGACAACUUUGACAAUAUUAAUCAAAAUAUAUCUCAAAUUAAUAAUCAGCAUACUAAUGAUUAUGAAUAUUCUUUAAAAAACAAUAAAAAUUCUAAUUACACAUUAAUAAAUAAAGAGUUUAGAGAAAGAAGCCCCCCAUAUGAUAAUCACAAACAAAAUUUGUUAUUUUCUUAUCAUUAUUCACUGAAAUGUACACAAAACAACACAAAUAAUAGUGAAAAUAUGAAUAUAGAAAAUAUUAUUGAUUUACAAAAAGGAGAAAUAUCAGAAUUUGAUACACAAAUUGAAAGUAAAAUGCUCAGUACAAGUGACUGUGAUGCAAACCAUUAUUUUGAUAAUUAUUUGGCAAUAAAUAAUAAUAUAUUCAAUAAUUUUAAAAAUAAUAAAAUUGAAACAGAUCAUUCAUCAUUUGAACAUUUCACAAAUUCCUAUAAUGGAAAUUUUAUAAGAGUUUAUGUAAAAAAUGAACAAAAAGAAAUUUUUGAUAGAAAAAUAUUAAUUGUAAAAGAUGACAAACUAUAUUUUUAUGAUUCAGAAUAUUCUAUAUCAUAUGAUUCAUUUUAUUAUUUAAUGGAAAUUAAAAAAAUAUAUUAUUGUAAUGGUUUAUUUGACUCAUUAAUAAAUUCACAAAAAUUCAGUUUGCAAAAUUCAACUUUUUCUUCUACUAGCGAUAGUCUAUAUUCUAGAAAUCAAGACAAUAUUUCCUCAGAAAAUGAAUGGCAGAAAUGUGGAUUUGAUGCUAAAAUUAUUUUUCACAACGAAUUAAGAAAACACAUUCAUCUUAUGUUUAUUGAUCAAUCUUAUAAAGAUUUUGUAGAAAAAAUAAACAGAUCAUUAGUACAUGAAACAGAUAGAACCUUUGAAUAUAUAAACCUUAGUUACGAUCAAAAUAUAGAAAAUGCAAUAACACAUAAUUAUUUUUUUAACAAAAUAAAUUAUAUUAAAGAUUCUCAAAGUAUUUUUAGUGAAAAUGAAAGUGAAAUUAACAAAAAAAAUAUAUUAAAUGAUCAAGAAUAUAGUAUAUCCGAAAAUGAUGAAUCAGAAUAUGUUGAUGAAAGUUGGGAAUAUCCUGAUAAAAAAAGGGGAGCAGGGUUUGAUGAUAAACAUGAAAUAAAAUCAAACAAUAAUUUUAUAAAUGAUAACCCAUUAAAUAAAAUAUUAAAAGAUAAAAAUAAUUAUUUUUUAAAUAAAGAUAAUAAUAAAUUAGAAAAAUACACUGGUUUUGUUGAAUAUAAAUAUUCCUCUAGUGUUACAGAAAUAUUUAUUAAAAGUGAAAAUAUUUAUUUUUCAAAAAAAAAAAAAAAAAAAAUUAAAAUUAAAAAAGAAAAGAAAAUGAAACUUUUUAAAAAUAUUAAAAAAAAUGAUAUUUAUAGUUUAUUUUAUGAUCAAAUAUCUAAAUUAUGCAAACAUAAAAAUCCUACAAAAAAUAAUGCAGAUGAUCUUUUUUUUUACAAGUCUGUAAACAAUUUGUAUAAUGAAGCUAAUUCUUUAUAA